GCUGCGGUGGUCACCGGCUGUUGCCCAGCUAUGGCCAGCCUGCUCCGGGCUGCAACUUGGGGGAUGUUCCCCUGGAGGGGCUACUGCUCCAGGGGGAGGCAGGGAGAACUCAGCGAGGGCUUUGUGGAGGCUCUGAAGGCAGUUGUGGGGAGCCCCCAUGUGUCUACUGCUGCUGCGGUCCGAGAGCAGCACGGGCACGAUGAGUCAAUGCACAGGUGCCAACCUCCGGACGCCGUGGUGUGGCCCCAGAAUGUGGAGCAGGUCAGCCGGCUGGCAGCCCUGUGCUAUGGCCAAGGCGUGCCCAUCAUCCCGUUCGGCUCGGGCACCGGGCUUGAGGGUGGAGUCUGUGCCGUGCAGGGCGGCGUCUGUGUCAACCUGACCCACAUGGACCGAAUCCUGGAGCUGAAUCCGGAAGACUUCUCUGUGGUGGUGGAGCCCGGCGUCACCCGCAAAGCCCUCAACACCCACCUGCGGGACAGCGGCCUCUGGUUCCCUGUGGACCCAGGUGCAGAUGCCUCUCUCUGCGGCAUGGUGGCCACCGGCGCCUCGGGCACCAACGCUGUGCGUUACGGCACCAUGCGCGACAACGUGCUGAACCUGGAGGUGGUGCUGCCGGGAGGGCGGCUGCUUCACACUGCGGGCCCCGGCCGUCACUUCCGGAAGAGCGCAGCUGGCUACAACCUUACCGGGCUGUUUGUGGGCUCCGAGGGGACGCUGGGCCUCAUCACGGCCGCCACCCUGCGCCUGCACCCUGCCCCUGAGGCCACGGUGGCCGCCACCUGUGCCUUCCCCAGCGUCCAGGCGGCCGUGGACAGCACCGUACACAUCCUCCAGGCUGCAGUGCCCGUGGCCCGCAUUGAGUUCCUGGAUGACGUCAUGAUGGACGCCUGCAACAGGCAUAGCAAGCUGAACUGCUGCGUGGCGCCCACGCUCUUCCUCGAGUUCCACGGCUCCGAGCAGGCGCUGGCAGAGCAGGUGCAGCGCACAGAGGAGAUCAUCCGGCACAACGGAGGCUCUCACUUCUCCUGGGCCAAGGAGGCGGAGGAGCGCAGCCGGCUCUGGGCAGCGCGGCACAACGCCUGGUACGCUGCCCUGGCGCUGCGGCCGGGCUGCAAGGGCUAUUCCACCGACGUGUGUGUGCCCAUCUCCCGGCUGCCGGAGAUCCUGGUGCAGACCAAGGAGGACCUGCAGGCCUCGGGACUCACAGGAACCAUCGUUGGGCACGUGGGUGAUGGCAAUUUCCACUGCAUCCUGGUGGUAGACCCGGAGGACCACGAGGAGCUCCUCAGGGUCAAGGCCUUUGCAGAACAGCUGGUCAGGCGAGCACUGGCACUCCAUGGCACGUGCACGGGGGAACAUGGCAUCGGUCUGGGCAAGCGGCUGCUGCUGCAGGAGGAGGUGGGCACGGUGGGCAUUGAGACCAUGCGGCAGCUCAAGGCCACGCUGGACCCCCGAGGCCUCAUGAACCCAGGCAAGGUGCUGUGAGGGGCUCGGAGCACCCGGCCCACAAGCCCCCAGAGAGUGGCACCUCCCGUUCCGGAACCUGUUUUCCCGCCACGGAACAGCUCUGCCUUUGCUUAGACCCUGCAGGGGUCUUCGCCAGCCCGCUAGCCCUUCUAUCCAAGCCGAGGCCAGAGAGAGGAGGGAGAAGCCUGGUUGGCCAUCUUCUCCCUGGCCCUCUUGCCGGCCUCAGGAGCCUUUGGUCCAGUAAAUGGCUCAGGGUCAUUCCCGGUGACGCUGCUUCCUCUCUGCUCGCUUACACGUACUGUAAGGUGGUGUGGGUCAGUCACCCCAAACACUAGGACGACUCCCCUCCACCAUAGCCUCCCCAUUGCCAGGGCAGGAGAACAAAGGCUGGGGGCCCCAGCACCCAUAGCCCAACUCCAUCUGCCGGGUGACAGGAAUGCUCCUUUGCUGGUGGGGGAAGGGACCUUCGGCUCCACACUCAUAGACCCCCAAAAUAAACCUGAACCCCA